UUUACUUUUUGUUGGAAGUGGAGGAACAGGAGGUUAAAAAACUAGGCAACUACGUUUAGAUAUCAUCUAUGUUCUGUGUAGGUACACUUUUUGUAACUUGUUAGACCAAUAAAAUACGAUAUCUUACGAAAAAGUGAUUCGUGAACGCUUAAUUGCUCCGAGAAUGGAUGUUGAUUUAUUGAGGCCCGGUACAGUACCUAUUUCAAAAGAUACGACUUUGUGGUUUGAAUUUUUGUUAGACCCUAAUGUUUUAGACGCACAUCUAAACAAACAAAAACCAGAUCCCUCUCCCACUGAGCUGAUUUCCAAGUUCCUAGCAAUCUCUGCUGAUGUUAGUUCAUCCAAAGACAUUAUCUUGCUGGACCAGGAUCAUGAAAGAGAUGAUAAACAACCCAAUCCUUGCAGACGAAGUCGAGGUCUCAAGAUACUAGCACUCAAAGUUGCUGCAUUCCUCAAUUGGGACUUGGAUAUUUUGGAGCAAAAGCUUCCGUUCUCCACCCAGUGGGCUUUGCUACAAGACUUGCUACAUCUGGUACACGAGGAGAUGGUGUCAACAGACCUCAGCCAGGAGCCUGAUCACGUAUUGUUCGCCGUGUCACUGUACCACCGUUGGGCGCUACGAGCUACCUAUAACCACGCGCUGCAGUCUAAACUAAGGAAUGGCUCUACCUUGGAAAUGCAGGACGAGAGAUUCACACGUCUUGAGCAUGAAGCAGAGCAAAGUUUACAGAUCCUACUAAAUAUUGUAAAACUCCCGCUGACAUCUGAAAUUGUUAUCCCAUCUUCUACAACAUUUAUUCCAUUGGUUGAAAAUACAAUGAACGGGAAAACACCAAACUGGAAUUUAGGUGUUAGAAUUUCUUCAUCACAGUUUUUCACUCUGAUAUUAAUGGAUUUAGCAACAUACUUAUUCUACCGAGAAGACCACACAGCUGCACUUCAUAACUUUGAAAAAUGCAAAGAAGAGUUCCUAAAGUGGAGUAGUUCCAGUAGAGAUUUAGAAAACCGAUAUUUCAAAACUGACAUAGACACAAUAGACGGCUACAUCACGGCCUGUCAAGCUCCUGUACUAUCCAGCAGGCUGUCUCUCACAGAUAGAUUCUUGAUCUCCUUGAACCAUCAUUAUGAAGGAAUUCUCGCAAUCUUGUCUGAAGACAAUUUGAAGAGAGAAAUCCCACCGACGUUACGGGAGAGCCUAGAGCUGGAUAUCGCAGCAGCUGUAAGCUCUGGAGGGUUCACUGCCACUCGUGAUCUAAUCUUCCAGAUACAGAGCAUCAACACGGUGUACAAGCGAGCUGCAGACCUGCCUUGCGUGUACGACUAUGCAGAGAAGUUACAGGCAGCACGCAGAGGUGUUGACAUAUUUACAUGGGCGUUAAAAUCAACUGUCACAGAUUCUCAGCAGUUGGAGAAAGAGCGGUUGGCACUUUUUGUCUUGGAAAUUCUCGAAAGUGUUGAACCGCCCACUGAGGCAGAACUGAGGAACCACGACUACAUCAAACAGCUGAUCAAAAACUUGCCUCCAUCCCCAGGAAGUACCAAGCCUCCGGAAGUUCAACACUUUGUGUCUCCAGAUUUCAAUAACAUAAAAUUGAAAAACGGUGAACUUGAAAAUCAGCUGAUGACCAGUUAUGAACCUAUUCACAUCAAGGAAGUUAUCAUUAAGCUAGUAGAGGCCAACGCCUUGAGACCUGUGUGGCAGAUUGAAAACAAGUGGGAACUUGGCAUCCCCCUCCAUGGCAUAGUGUUGAGCAUGCCCCAAGGAAUUCUGCAGCAUUAUCUUUAUGUGUUGCUGGGCAAAGCCAAGUAUCUGGAUAGUCUUGGGAGGUAUGAUGUUGCCAAGCGCUUACUCUCAGCUGCUGAAGCUGAAGUCAACCACCACGGAGGAAUGUUGAAAUUGAACCAGCUGAUAGUGUGGGAAAUUCUUCUGGUGGAAUCUCACAGUCUGUUGGCUGAAUGGCCGAGCAAAAACGGAAGCAAUGCUAUGGUUAGCCACGGCUGCCUCAACGUACUCAAGUUGACAGAUGCCAUGGUGUUGCCAAGAGUUGAGGUGGUGGAGCAGGCGGCCAUUACUCUGUUAAACCUGGGGGAGUGGGAGCCCCUCAUCUCCCUCGGCCCUGGCAAACGUCUCAUCAUGUGUGACUUGGCAGCUAAGCUGGCACAGGCUUGUCAUGACAUUGUCAGGUUCAGCGGCAGCAAGAAGAUCUCACGGGAAGCCUGGGACCUCAUUGUGCCAGUGCUAGGCCCGUCCGCAGCAAUGAGCCGGCGAGGUCUGGGCCAUGAUGCCCCGCUGAUGCAGGCAGUAAUGCGGUUCUUCAGUCUGCUGCGGGAUUGGACCGUGCUCAGUGCUGCCAUCUCUCUGUUGGCGCGGUUACACAAUGUGUUGCGUGAUGAGACCAGCCUAGAGCUUGUAUUUGACCAUACGGCGCUCUGGCCUGGAGUAGUCAGCAACACAAGCUCAUAUAACGUACAGCUGGUGAGUGAAACAUUGCUCCAGUUGGUCAACACAGCUCUGGAGUACUAUCCGAAAAACAUCAGCUUGCACAAACUGCUGGGCGAUUACUACUACAUCAACGGACAGCACAGUGCUGCCAUGAAGCACUACCUCUUGGCCGCAGUUAUCGCUACAGACAGCUUUAGCCGACCCCUGACCAAGGCCACCAUUGAAGAUCAUGUGUACAAACGCAUGAUCAAGUGUCUCAGUCAGAUGAACUGCCACACUCAGGCAGGGGUAUUGUGCCAGUUUUUGGAAGAAGUGGAUUACAACACAGCGUUUAAAAGUCUGACGGAAUGUGUGUGCCACGACUGCAUGGACACUUACUACGACUGUAUAUGGGAUGUCAACAUACUGGAGUACCUCAUCUACCUGCAGAACAAACGAGGCAACAAGGACAGAGCGAAGAAGGCUGUGGACAUCAUUGGCCUUCUGGAACUCAACUCUAACAACAACGAGGAGAUCAAACGUGAAGCAGCGAACAAACGGAAAGUUAGGUUCAUGCAAGCACUGGUCCGACAGUAUGUUUUAUGAUAAAGGCCUGUUAACUCUGCGUAGUUGACCUAAUUGAUCUCUGUGUAAAUAUUGUAAAUAGUUGUAUUUUUAGUAGCUUGUUUUUUGUGUAAAUUAGCUGUAAUGAAAUAAACAUU